AUGCAUGACCUUGAUGAAAUUCGUCUUGAAACCUAUGAGAGUGCCUUGCUCUAUGAAGAGAAGACCAUAAGAUGGCACGAUCAAAGGCUAAACAGAAAAGAAUUUAAAGUCGGAGAUUCAUUGCUACUAUAUAAUUCCCGCCUAAAAUAUUUUGCCGGUAAAUUAAAGUCUAAAUGGUCGGGACCAUUUAAGGUGACCAAAGUUUUUCCACAUGGCCCCAUAAAGGUUCAAGGGCCAAGAAACACCUUCAACGUGAGUGGUCAUCAUGCUAAGCAUUAUCAUGUCGGAGAACCGAUUGAGACCUUAGAGGUCUUGUGUAUCGAGCCUAGUUAA